UUCCAUUGACGAAUUUUCCCUUAGUUCUGUCGUAACCAUCUCCAAUUCUUUUUUCGCCCCGGUAUAUAUGCUGUUUCCCAGCUCCUUUGCGCAAAAAUGAACGUCUCUCCACAAUUCCCAGCGAACUCGCAACUUUCUCCGCAUCCUCCGAUCCCAUAGUUCCCAAUGGCGCCUCCCGAAGCCCGUCUCAUCACCUCCGAGCACCCAGAGAAAGUGCGCAUGCUCGUUCUUGAGACCGACGACCCUCAUCCCGAUACAAAACAGGAAGAGGGAUCAUUUGGCGAGGUCCUCUCCAAUCUGUUGAAGCGCGCCGGAGACCAGCAUGAACCCAGUCUCGGCAUAGAAACCGCGAUGCAAUACGUAGUCGAGCCGGAUGGCGGCAAGAUCCCCUCACCUGAUCAAAUCGGCGACGACAUACACGCGAUUCUAAUCACGGGAAGCGUAUACGAUGCACACGGCGACGACCCGUGGAUCCAUAAGCUCAUGGAUCUCAUUACAUAUCUAUGGAAGAACCGACCAGACAUCCGCUUCACGGGUAUCUGCUUCGGACACCAAAUCCUCUGCCGCGUCCUCGGCUCCACCGUGCGCCCAAACGAAGACGGCGAAUGGGAGCUCUCACACACGCCCAUCGAACUCACAAACAUCGGUCGCUCACUAUUCAACCUCCCUUCCACCGAAUCACAUAUCGGCCUCCACCAGAUGCACCUAGAUACUGUUGUGGAUGCGCCCGACGCGUCCAAAACGGAACUCCUGGACAAUAACACGAAAGUGUAUGUAUGGGGCAGUAGUGAGCAUACCGAAGUACAGGGUGUGUAUAUAAGGAAACGAUUAUUCACCACGCAAGGUCACAUGGAGUUUGAUCAGCAUAAAGUGAAGAGGCAAUUGGAGAUGAGAGUUAAGAGCGGGUCGGUGGAGGAAGAGGCUGCGGAAGAGGCAAGCGAGAGGGCGGAUUGGAUGCAUGAUGGGUUGAUUGUUGCGGAGGCUGUAUUGAGAUUCUUCCAUGGGGAUGAUGAUACUGUGGAGUAA